GGGUUCGGGCGGCUGCUUGGAGAGCCGGGGUGUCCCGGGCAUGAGCGGGGUGUGGGGGACCGGGGGGCCUCGGUGCCAGGCGGCGCUCGCGGUCCUGGCCUCGUUGUGCCGGGCCCGGCCGCCCCCUCUCGGGCUGGACGUGGAGACUUGUCGGAGCUUCGAGCUACAGCCCCCAAAGAGGAGUCCAAGCGCGGCCGACACAGGCACCUCUGUCAGCCUCCUCGCAGUGGUAGUUAUUGUGUGUGGCGUGGCCCUGGUGGCAGUUUUUCUCUUUCUCUUUUGGAAGCUGUGCUGGACGCCCUGGAGGAACAAGGAGGCCUCCAGUCCCGCUUCUGCUAACCCUCCCCCGGAGGCCCCCCAGAGCCCCCGCUCCAGAGGCAACAUGGCCGACAAGCUGAAGGACACCAACAGCCUGGGCUUCCUAGAGGCGGCCGUGAAGAUCAGCCACACGUCCCCAGACAUCCCGGCCGAGGUGCAGAUGUCGGUCAAGGAGCACAUCAUGCGUCACACGCGGCUGCAGCGACAGACCACGGAGCCUGCAUCCUCUACCAGGCACACGUCCUUCAAGCGCCACCUGCCACGGCAGAUGCACGUCUCCAGCGUGGAUUACGGCAACGAGCUGCCACCGGCGGCGGAGCAGCCCACCAGCAUUGGCCGAAUCAAGCCCGAACUCUACAAGCAGAAGUCAGUGGAUGGGGAUGAUGCCAAGUCUGAGGCCGCCAAAAGCUGCGGGAAAAUCAACUUCAGCCUGCGCUAUGACUACGAGAGCGAGACCCUGAUCGUGCGCAUCCUGAAGGCCUUUGACCUCCCCGCCAAGGACUUUUGUGGCAGCUCUGACCCCUACGUCAAGAUCUACCUCCUGCCUGAUCGCAAGUGCAAGCUGCAGACGCGGGUGCACCGCAAGACCCUGAACCCCACCUUUGACGAGAAUUUCCACUUCCCCGUGCCGUACGAGGAGCUGGCCGACCGCAAGCUGCAUCUCAGUGUCUUUGACUUCGACCGCUUCUCCCGCCAUGACAUGAUUGGAGAGGUCAUCCUGGACAACCUCUUUGAGGCCUCCGACCUGUCCCGGGAAACCUCCAUCUGGAAGGACAUCCAGUACGCCACAAGUGAAAGCGUGGAUCUGGGAGAGAUCAUGUUCUCGCUGUGCUACCUGCCCACAGCAGGCAGGCUCACACUCACAGUGAUCAAAUGUCGGAACCUCAAGGCGAUGGACAUCACGGGCUAUUCAGAUCCAUAUGUCAAAGUGUCCCUGCUCUGUGACGGGCGGAGACUAAAGAAGAAGAAAACGACCAUAAAGAAGAACACUCUCAAUCCCGUCUACAAUGAAGCCAUUGUCUUUGACAUUCCCCCAGAGAACAUGGAUCAAGUCAGCCUGCUCAUCUCAGUUAUGGAUUACGAUCGAGUGGGUCACAAUGAGAUCAUAGGAGUCUGUCGUGUGGGGAUCAAUGCCGAAGGCCUGGGCAGGGACCACUGGAACGAGAUGCUGGCGUACCCACGGAAGCCCAUCGCACACUGGCACUCCUUAGUGGAGGUAAAGAAAUCCUUCAAAGAGUGGCAGGGCCGGGCUGCCAGCUUUGACAGUGAGAGCUCGUGCCCGUCCCCGAAACCACCUCCCACACCAUGAGCUUCGCCGCUGGGCGACACCAAGGGGACUCAGCGAUGUUCUUUUUUGCACUCGUUCAACCGUCCAAACAGUGUUACGCAGGAGCAGCGGCAGCCGUAGCACGAGUCUUAACCGCUCCUGUGUCGGUCAAGGCCAAGACCUUUGUCGAGCAGCCCGACCUGUCUUAGUCUUUUUUGUCUCCCAAGGUGAUGUUUUCUGUGGUUUUCACUUUUUACGGAUCUGCUGCCAAGAAAAGAAGGGGGUAACAGUAGGAAAGAAAGAAGAGUGGAGAGCCCUGAGGUUGGUUCAUAUGAAAUACGGUGUAAAAUAGUUGUCUUUCCGGGGGACGUGGUUUGAGUCCCUGAAGCUUUGUGUCCCCACCACACUCCACAACCCUGGAGAUGAAGGACGCGGACUGGAGGAAUGGCUGCUUCUGCGAGUGGCCUGCCGAAGGAUGCGGAUGGGGCACGAGCCUUUGCAAGGCUAGUUACGACCCUUGGAAGCUCUUCACUGAUGUGGCAGACCGAGAUGAAGCCUCCUGGUCCUGCGCUGACAUCACUGGGGCCCAAGGUGUCUGUGCACCUUCUGCUGGUUGUGAGGGCUCCGCCCCCCACGUCCUUGUUGACUUUCCUCAUGCACUGAAAACAUGUCUUGAUUCCUCAUGGGAACUUAGCCGCUAUCCUUAGGAAUGAUCCUGCCAACACUAACCAUGCCCUGUGUGUUCUGGCACCUCACGGUUAAUGACCAUAAUUGUUUGAAAACAGGAUCUUUGUUCUCCGAAAUAACUUUUGUGGUAAAGAGAAGAAGGCACCCAUGUUCCAGAAUGACUUCCGUGUUAUGCAUCGCUUUAAAAUUCCAUGACGUGUCAAAGCCACUGUUUCAAAUGCCUGAAGAGAUUUAAAAAGAACCCAGAUAAAAUGGUUCUUUGGGGGAAUGGGAAGUGUAAUCCAAGUCAGAGCUGGAAUCCAUCUUUUCUGAAUGGAAAGUCACCUUUAGCGUGUUUCAGCCCCCCUUGACUCUGGGCCAGUGUUCAUCUUCAACUUGAGUUCUAUAAAUUUAGUACUUCAGUGUUUGUUUCAGUGGUAGUGAAGGUUUGGGUUCUUUUUUUUUUUUCUCCUUUAGACCUCUAUCUUAGGCCAAAUUCAGUUUAGGAAGAAAAAAUGUUUCAAGUGUUCUGCCUUAUUAUAGUUCAUUUUUGUUGAGUUACUACUGGUCUUCCCACCAACCCCUGAUAGCUCAGUUGGUUUGCUUAAUCUCAGUCUGUAUAGCUCUGGUAAAUUCGUGGAAGUGAGUUGCCACUGUAUCUUGUGACUGAACAAUGCCGACUUCCAGAGUUGUGCCUGUGUGACUUGCAAGAGGCGAGUCUGCCGAAGAUCCCCUUCUUCUGCCAAUGGAAGGUCAAGAACGGAAAAGCUACUCACACACCUUGUGUCUUAUUCUUUGUAUAUGUCCCGUGCUUUAGGAGCAGAAACUCAAUAAAGUAACCCUCACUUUAAGCCACGUUUUCCGGUUUCUCUGCUGAUGUAACUUUGGGCAGUGUCCUCUACCCAGAGUUCAGACUGGGCAUGAGAAUGAGCAGGAUAUUGUGGCCAGAGAAGUUUCCAGCUUAAAAAAGUAAAGGCAGAUAAACCCAAACUCUACUCAGUACUGAGCCUCUGGGCUUGGAGCUAAUGUGCACCAUUGGUAUACAGAUAAGCUUUCUCCCCAAAUGUCUUGUGAUUGAUAGGCAUUGCUAGUCGGGCACUAUUGUGGCUGGAUGUUCUUUCGAGAGUGAGAAAAACCUCAAAGUCAUGACAAGACUUACAGCAGGCCAUAAACUUGAUUCUGUCUCUUGAGUUUAAACUGAUUCCAUCUCUAUCAUUGAGCGGAUGCGGGGGCGGGGGGGGGGGUUCUGCAACGGGGAAGGGGACUGCUGAGUUUCUUGGGUUGCGGCGCAGAAGUGAGCGUGAGAGGAUCCUUCCAUAAGUGAGCUCAAAUCACACGCCCAGCUGCCAUCCUCAUAACCCUUAGACCCGUGAGGAUGACCACUGGGCCCUCUGCAGGAGGGGGUGUGAUCGGUGUGAAUGGUGGGAUAGCUACUGCUCUCAGACAUCCCUUUUAUUAUGCCCAGUCCCCAGCCCACAGCAUGAUCGAAGCGGAAUGUCUGCCCACAUCAUUAUCUAGCCCAGCACCUCUUCCUCGUGGAUGAGAAUACAAUGAAUUACACAUUUCAGAAUGAAAUGAAAUACAAAGUUGAUUCACUUCUCUGCCACGAGAAACUCUCUUCUUUCCUGGCUUGGCGUUUUGAGCUUUGCUCAAAUCAUGGUAACUGGGGUCUUUCGCAUAUCGACUUUUUUUUCUUUAAUGCAAAGUUCCCUUCUUUACUCAGCAGUGUUUCUGGGCUGAAAGAUUCCUCUCCCCUCUUCCUUCGCAUACUCAGAAUGUUAAUUAAUUGCAUUGUCAUUUAAAAAAAUUAUGUUGUUAAUUACUGCUUCGUGUCUUUCCGCCCCGUCACAGCCUGGAGUUUUUAUUCAAUUAAAUCGCUGUCUCUCCCUCA